AUGGGUGGUUUGGUGAUGAAGAAAGCAUAUAUCCUGGCGAAACAGGAUGCAGUGCACAAGCAGCUGUCGGGGCGAUUCGCUGCAUUCUAUUUCCUCGCCACGCCGCAUCGAGGUUCCGACUCGGCAAAGAUGUUGAAAAACCUCCUCAAAGUUGCUUUCGAUCGCGCUUAUGUUGGCGAUCUGGAACCAAACUCUGAGGCUAUCCAAGUGAUCAAUGACGAAUUCCGGCAUUUCUCUGCCGGACUUGAGCUGUGGUCGUUCUAUGAAACGCAAAAAAUGAGAAUGUUUAGCUCACUCAUUGUCAAUCCUGAGUCGGCCGUCCUCGGGUAUCGAGAAGAAAAGCAGAUUCCCAUGACUGCUGAUCACCGCACGAUAUGCAAGUUUGACACACCUAAAGACUCCAACUACGCCCAACUACGAAAUGCGCUCGCCUCUACUGUGAGAACAAUUGCCACGGCAAUUCUGGAGCGGAAGGGGAAGCAAAUGCUUGAGAGGACCAGAAACCUCAAGAUAUACCUGAAAAUUUCCGACAUCUCAGACAACGAUCUUACAAACGUCUGUGAAGCUCGGAUGGACGGGUCGUGUGGAUGGAUUUUGACCAAAGCCGCUUACGUUAAAUGGAGAGAUGGGAAAUCCGGAAAUGCCAGGACUUUAUGGAUCAAUGGCAAGCCAGCAAUGGGGAAGUCCGUUCUCUCUGGCUAUAUCGUAGAUCAGCUCAAGGAGUCCGGUCGGGCAUGCAGCUACUUUUUCUUCCGACAUGGAGACAAGUCAAAGUCCAACCUAGGUCGUUGUCUUCGAUCUCUCGCUUUUCAGAUGGCUAGCUCCCAUAUCGAAGCCGGUGAUGCCAUUUUAAGGAUGCAGGCGGAUGGCGUUUGCUUAGAUUCUGCCGACGAACGCACUCUUUGGAGAUUGCUCUUCCUUUCCGGUAUUUUUCAGACCCCAAUGACUCGGCAUUACUGGGUCAUAGAUGCUCUGGACGAAUGUUCCAAUCCCGCAAUCCUUUUUCAGGCUAUCUUUUCCAACAUGGGCGAGUCUAUACCCCUGAGGAUCCUUGUGACAAGUCGGGAUACGGUCAAUCUGGGCCAAGGCUUUUCGAUCAUCCCACCCAACCUAGUUCAGACUUUGCCAAUCUCGGAAACAGACACAGAGUCAGAUCUCAGGCUUUUAAUUGAAAAGAAGUCUCAAGCCUUAACAGUCGUGGGACCUGACGAUCAAGAUACAUUAGCCGAAAAGAUUCUAGACAAAUCUAAGGGAUCCUUCUUGUGGACAAUCCUGGUGCUUGAGGAGCUCCUAUGCUGCCACAGCAAGAAGGAAAUCCAACAGAUUCUUGAAGAUGUACCGAGAGGCAUGGAAUCACUAUACAAGCGGACUUUAACCUCCAUGUCGCAGGUCACUCGCGGAAAGAACCUGGCCAAAACUAUUCUUAUGUGGGCAGUAUGCGCAAUUCGACCAAUGACAAUCGGCGAACUGGACGGUGCUCUGACUCUUGAAAUACACGACUCAUUCCCAAGAUUAAAAGAGAGCAUCGCCGCGCUCUGUGGUCAACUAGUGGUCGUGGACAAAUAUGGGAGAGUUAACAUGGUGCAUGAAACUGCCAGAGAAUUCCUUGUGGGCGAUGGACUUGAGUCCGAGUUUUCCAUUGAGAAAACUAAAGCGCAUACACGGAUGGCUCAUGUGUGUCUUGAGUACCUUGCCGGGCAGGAAAUGAAGCCUCCGAGGAACACACGACGCCGUUCGCCUCCAAGUUUGCCAGCAAGAAGACUUGAUUUCGCCAGCUAUGCAUACACAUCUUUCUCAUAUCACCUCUCAAGAGCUGAUCCGCUAGCGGCUGGGACAUUCCAGCUUGUCGUGCAGUUCCUGAGAUGUAAUGUCUUCACUUGGAUGGAAACGAUCGCCGACUCUCAAAAUCUCAGUCACCUCAUCCACGCCUCAAAACAUCUCAAAACCUACGUCAACGCAUGCGCCAUCGAGCGUACUUCACUAGACCCUCGGAUACGAGGUAUACGACAUUGGAUCACGGACCUUGCUCGGAUUCCUGCCAUGUUCGCCAAUGCUCUCAUGGUAUCACCAUCAGCAAUAUACUCUUUGAUACCUCCCUUCUGUCCCACCGAGUCUAUGAUAUACGCCACCAGAGGUUCAGGCCAGAGGCUCGCAGUUCUUGGUGCUCUUAGCAAGCAAUGGGAUGACAGGCUGCUGUGCAUGGAUUUUCGUCAGGGUCAACCGAGGGCCUUACGCUAUGGAGACGAAUUCUUGGCCGUAGGUCUCAGUUCAGGGUCCGUCGUAUUGUACUAUGUCACAUCCUACCAGGAAUACAAGAUCUUGGAGCACGGUGCAGGGAUCGAAUUCAUUGCUUUCGCGAUCAAAAGGGACCUCUUAGCAACUUGUGGUAGGCGGAUGGUCAAGAUCUGGGACAUCAGAAGUGGCGAAGUUGUGCACAGCUUUGUUGGCCCUCCGCGUCCGCUAGCUAUGGACUUCGAUGGCGAGACGCUUUUAAUUGCGAGUGGUAAUAACUAUAUCGCUUCUUGGGAUCUGGGAUACGGUACCGAGCCGGCGUUGGUGCGCAUACCAUGGUGCAAUACCGAUAAGCCAGAGACGAACCGAACGUCUCCGCGUGGGAGCCCAUGCGCACUUACUCUCUCUACCAACCACAGGAUUCUUGCUGUUGCAUACAGUGGCCAGCCCAUCACACUUUGGGACAUGGAAGAGAACGUCUUCGCUGGUAGCUGUGGCAAGAAACUCUCCAGCGGAGAAACCAGCACGCAUGUCGUCGUCGCGCUUGCUUUCAACCCUAAUCCUGACAUUAGCCUUCUCGCAGUAACAUACCUUGAUGGUGAUCUUGCCCUCCUCGACCCUUUUGCCGAUCAGCAGCUGGAAUGUUUUCGUGCCAACUGCCAAACCCUCGCCCCAAGCCCCAAUGGGCGCCUCUUGGCAGCGGGUGGUGCAGAUGGUAUUAUCCACGUCUACGAAUUUGAUACGUUCAAGCUCCUUUAUCGGGUCAAAUCAUCCAACUCUUUUAUUAAGCAGCUUGCCUUCACCAAAGACAGUAUGCGUCUUGCCGACAUACGAGGCACCCAGUGCACUGUCUGGGAACCUGAAGCUCUGUUGCGAGAGUCCCUGAGCGAUGGCAGCAGCGGGACCACUUUCACCACAGUGGUAGAGACCGUUUCCACAGAGGCAAAAGCAAAGAUCACUGCCAUGGCAAUCCAUCACAUGUCCGAAAUUGUCUUUUGCGGGAAGGAUGAUGGAUCAGUCGUACUUUACGAGCGGAAAACGGCAGUGAGCUUAGUGACUCUCUACAGCCACAAGUCACCAGUCCGCCUGUUGGUCUGGAUCAAGAGAAGGGAUGCCCUCCUUAGCGUCGAUGCCUCCAAUAUGAUCUUCCUACACAAACUUCAGAAGUCAGCGGACAAAGGUUGGCCCGGCAACCUGAAGAUAAUCUUCAAGUCCCGCCUCGACUCCGAACAGGCAAUCAGAGAUGUGCUAGUCGGAGACAUAGCAGGGAAGUUCUUGGUAUCGACUCGCGAAUCUGAUCACCUGUUCAGUCUGGACAGCGGUAAGUAUGAGAGACAGCAGACAUACCCAAAAAUGCCAGGAGCCCGCAAAUGGCUCCCUCACCCGGAAUCCUCUCUACAUCUGAUCUGUGUAUACAAUGUCAAAGUCUGCACCUACUGCUGGAGCGACUGGUCUGAAAUUUCGUCUUUUGCAUUGUCGUUGGAUAACGAAACGGCAGAGCUCAAAAAUGCGACCCUAUACUCGCUAGGUCCGAAACGAAGAAUUAUGCUCGACUUGUUAUAUCCGGGCAUCUCCGCCAACGUCAAUAGGAUUGCGAUAAUUGAUGCGGACUGUCUUACAAUCGUACAAAAUGAUUUCAGCGACUUCGAAGGCAAGCAAUUAGAUGCUGCGGUAACAUUUGGUCAAAAUGCCACAGAUGAAGCAGAGAACAUGCUCACGACAUCAAGUCUAGCCGCUCCGCUUUGUUUGCAGAUGACGGCAUUCGAACUUAGUGUUGCCCAUGUUAUCGGCAUUCAUGAAUGCAAACUCGUGUUCCUGAACCGGUCUUUCUGGGUGUGCUCUGUUGAUCUUAGCGAGAGCAGGUUAGAGAUUGUGCAAAGCAAAGAUUCCCCAAGAACCGAGGUCUUCGAGCACUUUUUUGUUCCUUAUGAUUGGUUUGCUGGGAAGAAGGACAUUGCUUGUGCCUUGGAAAAGAGGGAUAUUAUGUUGACUCGGGGUGGCGACUUGGCGGUGAUCAGGGGCGGUCUUGACUAUGCUGAGAGAAUGUGUAUAGGAUAA